AUGGCCCAAACAAACCUUCGGGUCAGAAACUCAAAGUCCUUCCAAUCGGGUUCACACGUCCCCUCACAUCCACUUCCACUUCCAACUGUCCUUCCUGUAAUCUCACGAGACCUCUCUCGAGGAUCAAGGCUGGGUUCCAGUCUAAAUUUAGGCACCUGGCAUCCGAAUCUAGACGUCUCUGAGUCGGACAAAUGUCAAGUCGUUGACAACGACACUGCCAUGUACUCAACACUGUGCCUCGUGCAUUUACAGAGGACUCCAUCAGAUCUCAAGAGACUAUCUCGCAGCAGCGGCGUAACUAUUAAAAUAACUUCUUCGAUACCACCCAUCCUAAUUGUCAUCAUCUCUGCAUUUCUCCGCAACACGCAAAUAUUAACGUUGUUGUGUGCCUCGGAACAAGCCGCCACAAGCAUAUGGCUUGUACUUCCUCAGCAAAGCUUCCGCUCUUGUGCGCUUCCCGCCUUUCCGACAGGCGUAGCCCAGUGUAAUUCCCUUCAUCACCACGUCUCCGUCACCGAUAUACGUCCGUCUAUUGAAAUCUAA